AUGGAAGUUAUACCUAAUUAUUGGCUAACAUCGCUAGCUGUGGAAUCUCAAGAAUCUCUGGUUUCUGGUGCUGAGUGGGAAAGUGAAAGCCCCAAGGCUGGUUUUUCUUCUACAGCUUCAGGAUGGCCUUCCUUUGAUGACAUCAAAUCAUCUUCUCUCACUUAUUCUCUAUCAGCAGAAGAGAAAGCAAUUGUGGCAAUGCUGCAAUUGCAGCACAGAGCAUUAGAAGCUUGCCAGAAGUUCUUAGUUGGGGAUGCUGGUUCUGAUAGUGACGAAGAUGAUGAGGAGGCAGAGGAUGAUGAGCUGCUACAUAAUGAUUCUAAAGAAUCUGAGGAGUAUAAGUUCUUUGAAAAAGUGUUUGCAGAAGAUGGUGACCUUAGGAGAUAUUAUGAGAACAAUCACAAGGAAGGAGAUUUUUAUUGUUUGGUUUGUGGGGGUAUUGGGAACAAGGUAUGGAAGAGGUUUAAGGAUUGUAUUGGACUAAUUCAACACUCCACUGCCAUACUAAGGACAAGAAGGAAGCAAGCUCACAGGGCCUAUGCACAAGUCAUCUGCAAAGUUAUAGGUUGGGAUAUUGAUCAAAUGCCAGCUAUUGUGUUAAAGGAUUUGGAUUCCUCAUUGGCUGGUUCAAGGAAGCUUUUCGUUGAGCCCAAAAAUCCUGUUGUGGGUUGUACUGAUGAUACAAAUUCAAAUGUUCUUGGUCUUUUAGGUGGAAACCAACUAAAAAGUGCUAUUAACUCAGAGAAAGCUGUGAAGAUGAAUAGUGCUGAUGUUGCUGAGUUACUUGACUUGAUAGACACUGGUGAUUUGAAUGACUCCUCAUGGAACUGGUGA